CCUCCAGCCAAAGCAUGAAUGGCCUGGAGGUGACCUCCUGGAGUCUGAGCAACAACUCCUCCCUGGCCGAGGCCAAGCAAUGUGGGCAGGAGACACCACUGGAGAAUGUGCUGUUUGCGUGCUUCUACCUCCUGGAUUUCAUCUUAGCUUUUGUGGGCAAUGCUCUGGCUUUAUGGCUUUUCAUACGGGACCGCAAGUCAGGCACUCCGGCCAAUGUGUUCCUGAUGCACCUGGCCGUGGCCGACUUGUCCUGCGUGUUGGUCCUGCCCACCCGCUUGGUGUACCAUUUCUCCGGGAACCACUGGCCAUUUGGGGAAAUCCCAUGCCGGCUCACUGGCUUCCUCUUCUACCUCAAUAUGUACGCCAGCAUCUACUUCCUCACCUGCAUCAGCGCUGACCGCUUCCUGGCCAUCGUGCACCCCGUAAGGUCCCUCAAGCUGCGCAGGCCCCUCUACGCCCACUUGGCCUGUGCCUUCCUGUGGGUGGUGGUGGCCGUGGCCAUGGCCCCACUGCUGGGCAGCCCCCAGACGGUGCAGACCAACCACACGGUGGUGUGCCUGCAGCUGUACCGGGAGAAGGCCUCCCAGCACGCCCUGGCAUCCUUGGCUGUGGCCUUUACCUUCCCUUUCGUCACCACAGUCACCUGCUACCUGCUGAUCAUCCGCAGCCUGCGGCAGGGCCCCCGCGUGGAGAAGCGCCUCAAGAACAAAGCUGUGCGCAUGAUCGCCAUUGUGCUGGCCAUCUUCUUAAUCUGCUUUGUGCCCUACCACGUCCACCGCUCCAUCUAUGUGCUGCGUUACCAAGGCAGCGGGACCUCCUGCACGGCCCAGCGUGUCCUGGCCCUCGGGAACCGCAUCACCUCCUGCCUCACCAGCCUCAACGGGGCCCUCGACCCUGUCAUGUACUUCUUCGUGGCUGAGAAGUUUCGCCAUGCCCUGUGUAACUUGCUCUGUGGCAAGAAGCUCACAGGUCCACCCCCCAGCUUUGAAGGGAAAACCAAUGAGAGCUCGCUGAGUGCCAGGUCAGAGCUGUAAGC